CAGCCAUGAGCAAGUUAGGCAAGUUCUUUAAAGGGACCCGCUCCUCCCGGGCCCGCGCGGCUCCCAGCCCCCAGGAGGCCCUGGCUCGCCUCCGGGAGACCGAGGAGAUGCUGGCCAAGAAGCAGGAGUACCUGGAGAACCGAAUCCAGAGGGAGCUCGCCCUCGCCAAGAAGCACGGCUCCCAGAACAAGCGAGCUGCUUUGCAGGCCCUGAAGAGGAAGAAGAGGUUUGAGAAGCAGCUUACUCAGAUUGACGGCACCCUUUCCACCAUCGAGUUCCAGCGAGAGGCGCUAGAGAACUCGCACACCAACACCGAGGUCUUACGGAACAUGGGCUUUGCAGCCAAGGCCAUGAAAGCAGUUCAUGAAAGCAUGGAUCUAAACAAGAUCGAUGACUUGAUGCAGGAUAUAACAGAGCAGCAGGACAUUGCCCAGGAAAUCUCCGAGGCAUUUUCUCAAAGGGUUCAGUUUGCCGACGGCUUUGAUGAGGAUGAGCUGCUGGCAGAGCUGGAGGAAUUGGAACAGGAGGAACUAAAUAAGAAGAUGACAAACAUGGAGCUCCCACAUGUGCCUUCUUCUUCCCUCCCAGCACAGCCCAGUAGGAAGGCAAGCAUGCCGUCCUCUGUGCACCGAUCUCGAGCAGCAUCUUCCAGGAGGGCAGAGGAAGAUGAUGACUUCAAGCAACUGGCAGCUUGGGCUACUUAAACUAAAAUGAAAAAUCUUGACACCUAAAUUAUUGAACUGCACAUAAGAAACAAAUGCUUUUGCAAAGCUUAGAAGCUAGCAGAGACAUGUUUUUAUAUAAGUAAUUGUCUUUUAAGUAACAGUUAAGUCAUUUUUAGACAUA